AUGAAUAAUCUUUCAAAGAAUGAUUUUUUAAAACUGUAUAGAAAUAUAUUAAGAUGUCAUAAAAUAUUACAAGAACCAAUGAGAUCAAUGGGAGAUCAAUAUGUUAAAACUGAAUGGAAAUUACAUAAGAAAGCAACACCAAAACAAGCAAUUCAAUUUUAUGAACAAUGGAAUAUUUAUUGUAAUAUUUUAUUAACACAACGUGAUUCAAUUUUAAAAGAAAAUAGUAAUAAUAAUGAUAAUUAUAAUAAUAAUAAUAAUGAUAAUAAUAAUGAUAAUAAUAAUUUUAUAAAUAUUGGUCAAGAUUUAAAUGAAAAACAAAUGAAAUCUUUAAAUAAAAAACAAAUAGAACAAUUAGAUAAAUUAAAAUCUGAAACUUCAACUGUAUAUACACCAAGUGAUAAAUAA